ACAAUUGAUUUAGUGGCGUCACCUAGUAGCCACAGCUUUUUGCAUGUUGUGAUCACACUAACUUUACUAUGCCACCAAUUCUCCCAUCCUUGGAGACACCUGAAGAAGAGUCUCAAGGUAGCAUUGUUGAUGAUUUUAAUGUAAACCAGAUGGCAGCACAACAGCCAAGUUCAUCUGACACAGAUGAAGAUGAGGAAUUUGUAGGAAAUGGUGGUUACCAAAUUCUUUCCCAAGAGCCUCCUUCACAAGUAGUCCAUGAAAGUGUAGAUGAAUUUUUUGAUCUGACGCAUUCCACGUGUUCACCAUCCACAACAAAAGUAGAUGUGCAUCCUGACAUGCCAAAGAAUGAGGAGGGAUGGGCAUCUGAAAAUUGGAACACUCAUCUUGGAAUAAGCAGAGCUGAGCCUAUGAAUGAGGAGCAUGCAAACAAGAUUAAGUCAAUUAUGUCUGGUAUUGUGCUGCCAUCUGCAUCACAACCAGCGUGGGCUAAUUUAUUUCCGGACCAAGUAUGGAAACAGAAGCUUAUAACUGAGUUGAGCACCAAGAAGACUGGAAGUAAUUGAUAGUCAAAGUCCUUGCUGAGAGUAACUGUGACAUCUCGUCUGCCAGGAUGAUGAAUUGAAGUAGUUCUGUCUAUAGCGACCUGGGUCACACAGAUGAGGAUAGAGCAAGGUACAACAUCGCCCUGCUUUUGACGAGGGCUGUCAUGUUUAAGGGUGAAUAACAAUAGAUACUUUCAAUUAGAUUAGGACAUCGUAUAAUGCUGCGAGUGCAUCACUAUAUUUUGUAUUACGAUGGGGUUUCAUAGCACUCUAAGGGUUCAGAUAAGGGUUCAGAUAGCAGUGAAAUUUUUUGUUACGAAAGCGGUAUGAUACCAUUGCGUUGUCUAUGUAACGUGAAAUCUUCAUAUAUUUACGAUUGAUUUGGUGGACCAAUUACAAUCUUAACGAGAUACUUCUGUACAGAAUGCCGUAAGUGGCCGUAUCCGUUCAUGGAGGAUGAAUUUAUUAUGUUAAAAACUGUCGGGAUAGUGAUAGUGAAUAGUGAUGUAUAUCUACGUAAUCUCACUGGGUUUUCUAUGGCAUUGGUCAUAUAGCAUACGUAAUCUAUAAUGAGUAUAUGUGUUGUGCACUUUUCGAAAGGCAAGAUAGUGUAUUUCUCUGUGAAUUACCUUACAUGUACCAUACGCUUAUAGCGUGCAUCCAGAAACAAUUGGUGAAUCGUUUACCCUAUAGAUUUUAUAGGUUCUAUAGAUUCUAUCUUGAUUCGAUAGUAUAGAACAUGCAAUACGUGACCUUGUGCGAGAGAACGUGCCAAUAACGUGAGCAUAUCUAUGCUCACAGAUCUAUUAUAUGAUCAUUCUAAUAAUAGGAUUGAAUUUGCCAGUGCUACUAUUACGAAGGAAUUCAUAUAUACAUCAGGAGUAGAUAAUAGGGAAUAAGAAUCCCUAUUAUCUACUUCUGAUAUACAUGUUGUAAAUAUGAAAUCUAGUUUUUUCUGGCUGCUUAUUUUACAUGUCUUGGCAGUUGCACAUAUGUGUCAGGAUUGGUAUGAUGUGUAUUCCGUAAUUUACACAGAAACGUGGCCUGCUAGGGUGAGACAGAGCACGCGCUCCUCAAUUAUUGGAAAAAUAACGUAAUAAGCGUAUUAAGCAUGAAUGAGCCACUAAAAUACAUGUAAAAAUAAAACGAAAAAUAAUAUAUUCAAUGAGAUAAA